AAGGGAUAGCGAUCCAGAUCGUGGAGGUGGAGAGACAGGUACUUGUUUCAGAAGGGAGCUCGCGGCUAGGGGCGACCUCGUAGUCCUACCCUGUGCUGCCCAACAUCCUUCGUCUGUGCUCGUCUAUAUUACAUGAAGAAGAGUGUUUGGUGUCUACCAGACGGAAACUCCAGAGGAUGGGACGGCUGUAUUAAACGACGAGAGGACCCUCCAAACUCGGCCGAAUAUGCGGUUUGAACCUCUUCUGUUCCAUUCACUCCCAACGCAUCGUGGGUUAGUUCGAUUCUUCGAACCCGUACGACUUCUGGCAGAUAUCCUGUACUGAACUACGCAUACUGAGGAGUGAAAACGACCCUAUCCUUGAGCGCCACGGUCGAAAGUCUAUCCCCCGCAAUUGGCAGGUCCGGUACGCCAAACUGAGUACCCCAUCCCAGCGCCUGCAGCGGUCGAGCGCUGUUAACCGACUUAGCGAGCCGCUAGCAUUGGCCGAAAUGACGUCCACAGCGCCACGCCCUCAGGGGGCGCGUCCGCUGUCACUGUCAGGCUCAAGUCUGCCCGGCAACGCAGGGUGCAACGAGGAAUUCCCCGAGUUUUGUUUACAUGACCAUUCGUCCGCCGGCACCCACCAUCUCCACCACCACUCGUCCACCGCCGGCCGCCAGACCUCUACAUCUUCAUCCGCGUCCACGACCCCUACCAUCCCGACCACCGCCGGAUUCUCUUCCCCUUGCGCAGACAAAACAUCACCCGCAUCUCGCGACCGCACAAACAGCGGAACCAGCACUACAACCAGAACCAGACGAGACAAGAAGGAGUUGCAGGCCCAGCGACGGCAGAGGUCGGGAAGCACCAACCUUGCGUUAGCACGAAAGGAGGGAACAGCAAAGAAGAAUCGAUUCCGUUCUGCCACAGGAUCUUCGCCCGCCGACGCUCUCGCUGCCGUCGAGCCGCCGCAUGACCAGGGCUUGACGAGGAUGGCGUUUGCUGAGCAGCAGAAAUGGAUCACGGUCCAGCAAAAGACCUUCACCAAAUGGAUGAACACCAAACUGGAAAGCCGCCAUCUCGAGGUGAAGGAUCUCGUGGCUGAUCUGAGCGAUGGUGUUCUCCUCAUCCACCUCCUGGAAUGUCUUUCCAACGACACUCUCGGACGCUACGCCUCGAAACCCAAGCUGCGCGUGCAACGGUUUGAAAAUGCCAACACCGCGCUCGACUUUAUCAAGGCCCGCGGCAUCCAGAUGACCAACAUCGGUGCCGAGGAUGUCGUCGACGGCAACAGGAAGAUCAUCCUCGGUCUCAUCUGGACGCUCAUUCUCCGUUUCACCAUCAGCGACAUCAACGAGGAGGGCAUGACGGCGAAGGAAGGACUGCUGCUGUGGUGCCAGAGAAAGACGGCCUGCUACGACGAGGUCGAGGUCCGCGACUUCAGUGGUAGCUGGAACGACGGGCUAGCCUUCUGCGCCCUGCUGGAUAUCCACAGGCCAGAUCUCAUCGAUUACGAUGCCCUGGACAAGUCGGACCACCGCGGCAACAUGCAGAUGGCUUUUGACAUUGCGCAUAAGGAGAUUGGCAUCCCCAAGCUGUUGGAUGUCGAGGACGUGUGCGACGUUGCCAAGCCGGAUGAGAGGUCGCUCAUGACCUACAUCGCCUACUGGUUCCAUGCCUUCUCCCAAAUGGAGAAGGUAGAGAACGCGGGACGCCGUGUGGAGAAGUUCGUGAACAACAUGGCCGGCGCCUGGGAGAUGCAAAGCGCGUACGAAAGGCGCAUGAGGGAGCUGCUGAAGCAGAUCAGGGAGCAGGUCGAAAAGUGGCAGCAAGCAACGUUUCUGGGCACCUACGCCGACGCCAAAGCGCAGGCCAACGAGUUUGCUGCUUUCAAGCGUGGGAGGAAGAGGGAGUGGGUCGCCGAAAAGAGCGAGCUUGCGACCCUGCUGGGUAACAUCAAGACCAAGUUAGGUACAUACCGUCUGCGGCCAUACGACCCUCCACCAGAGCUGUCCCUCGAGACGAUGGAAAGGGAGUGGUCUUCCCUGUCAAAGACAGAGAUGACGCGAGCGCAGCUGAUCAACGAGACCAUCAGAGAUAUCAAAAACGCGCUACGCAAGUCCUUCGCCGACAAGGCCAACGACUUCGCCAUGGCGUUGAACACAAUGCAGCUGGCAAUCUCGGGUCUGGACGGUGAUGUCGAGGACCAACUCCACCACGUUCGCAAGCUCAGCGACAACCUUCCACCGCUGGACAAGUACCUCGACACCAUCGCUGCCGUGGACGCAAAGUGCCACGAGGCCAAUAUUGAGGAAAACGACUUUACAACGUACACGUACGACGAACUCGUCUACGAGCACGGCCUAGUCAAGUCGUCGGUGCAGAAGAAGCUCGCCUUCCUCGACAACCAGAUGGUUGCACGCAACAUGACCAACCUCACGCCGAUCCAGCUCGAGGAGUUCGAGUCCGUCUUCCGUCACUUUGACCGCGACGACACCAACUCUCUCCAGGAGCUCGAAUUCAGCGCCGCCCUUGCCUCGCUGGGCCUUGUCUUCUCCGAAGACGAGAUGCACGACUACUUCAUGGACACGUCCAACGGCCGCGACUACGUCACUUUUGAGCAGUUCAUCCGCUUCAUGGUCGACGUGACCGAGGACCAGAACACUGCGGAGCAGGUUUUCCAGUCCUUCCGCGAGGUCGCCGACGGCAAGCCCUAUGUCACCGAGAUGGACCUCCGCCACUCACUCGUCCCCGACGAGGUCAUUGAUAAGCUCAUCGAGAUCAUCCCCCCGCACAACGGUCCGGACACGGCUGAGGACCGCGACAUGCCGCAGUACGACUACAUCGCCUUCAUGGAAAAGCUCAUCAGCGCGGAGAAGGAGGCCGACACCACAGUACCCAAUGGUGUGUUGCAGGAGCGCACCAACCGCGCCAGCAUGCUGCCGCCUAAGGACCCCAAGACGAAUGGUAACCACUGAGGGAGGCAACCUGGAGACAGCCAAACGCAAAAGAAAGAGUAUAAAGCUCGGUAAAAAAAAGUCAAUCAGCAAAACCACACUAGCAAAAACAAACACCACACGCAUAUAUUCAUGCACAUAGCAUACGCACACAAACAUUCUCUUUUUCUCUUUCUCUCAUACGAGGGGGCAUUACGGAAAAGCGGUCAGGCGGGGCAAUCAGCGGCGUACAUGUUUCUCUCUCUCUCUCUCCCUCUCUCCAUUCUUCUUUGUCGUUUUACACACACGUAUACACACAAAAACACCACACACAUAUAUACCUGAAGUUAGCAGGCCACAAGACACCACAAUGCCAGCAUCCCUGGCGGAUGAAGGCGAUCAGACCUGCCGUCU